AUGGCCACUGGCACCUCGAACGGCGUACCCUCCACCAAGAAUGCCGGCACGACCUCCAUCGAGGAGGCGCUUGACACUAUUCGUAAGGGCGGCUUUGUCGUCGUCAUGGACAAUGAGGACCGCGAGAACGAGGGCGACCUCAUCGCCGCCGCCGAGUUCGCCACAGAGGAACGCGUCGCCUUCAUGCUGCGCCACUCGACGGGCAUCGUGUGUGUCCCCGCACUUGCUGACCGUAUCGACGAUCUGCAGCUCCCUCUAAUGGUGGAGAAUAACACGGAGGUGCACAAAUGCAAGUUCACAGUGACUGUGGAUCUCAAAGAGGGCAACUCAACGGGCGUCUCAGCUGCUGACAGAGCGCGUACGAUUCGUGCAUUGGCCGACCCGGAAGUGGGUCCUUCAGCGUUUAACCGUCCCGGUCACAUCUUCCCUCUAUUGGCUCAGAACGGAGGCGUCAUGGUGCGUGCCGGCCACACUGAAGCUGCCACAGACUUGGCACGUCUGGCUGGCGUCAAACCCGUUGGCUACAUUUGCGAAAUGAACGACGAGAAUGGACGAAUGUUGCGUCGUCCGCAAUUGCAAGAGUUCUCAAAGAAAUUCGACGUUCCUCUGAUCACCAUUUCGGAUCUAAUUCGCUAUCGUUCGCGAACGGAGACGUUGGUGCAACGUAUAGACGAACAGAGUAAGGUCACUACUCCACUUGGAGAGUUCGCCAGCGUGGCGUACAAGUCACUGGUACAGGAGAAUCAAACGUACCAUGCGCUUGUGUAUGGCGACGUGGACGGCAAGGACGUGCUUGUAUUCCUGGUCGAAGACGGCUUUGAAGCGAGUCUGCAAGCUCAAUGGGCGCAGAAGUUUGUGGCUACGCACGGCUACGGUGUCCUGAUCUACAUCCACGGCUCGGAGCAGCUUCUGCAGAUUAGUGGCGAACUAAUGGCUCGUCAGAGCAUCUUCGGUAUGGCGAUGCAGAUCGCACGCGACUUGAAGCAGUAG